UGUGAGACAAAUAAAUGGCACUACCCCACCCCCUUGUUAGGAGCCUCAACGUAGAUUGCCUUUUUUAGUGGGAUAGUAUCCUUCUCAUCGCACUUUCCAUCCCUUCUUUUUUUGCUACAGCCUGGGUUUUUUACGACUUUCUAUCUGUGGGAACUGGCAUCGUGUACAGAAGCAGUGCAAACGAAAUCAUGUCGACUGGUCAGGAUAGCAAGGCACAAUCCCCUCCUUCUUAUGAGACGCAGGACAGAGAGGCACCUAACACCGAUGCAAUAGAACCCCAAACGUAUCCCGCGCAUCCUGACGCGGCACACACAGAGUCAAAGCAACCAACUGGUGUUUAUCGGCCGGCCGUCCCAGGACAAAACUUCACCACUGCUAUCCCGAUCACUUCACUUUCACGGAAUGCUGCUCCAGUAGAUUGUCCUGCUUGUGGGGUCAGGUCUCUGACCAAGGUAUCAUACCACAGUGGGAACACAACCCACGUGUGGGCUCUCUUUAUCUGCUGGUGCACCUGUCUCGGUUGUAUUCCGUACCUAGUUGACUCGACGAAGGACGUAGAGCACCACUGCGGUAACUGUGGUGUGCUUCUCGCAACUUGGCACCGUAGUGGUUCGCUCGAGGUGAAUUAUCAGAAUAUGGUGCAGCGACGUACCUAAGGGUUUGGAGUAUGUUCUUCUAGAUGUGGGUUUUGGGGGUUUCUAUAUUCUUUCUGCUGUUAGGGGUUAUUAUAUUCUUAUUGGGGGUUAUCGGUAGCGUUGCAUUAAUUCAUGGUCUGUGGUACGGGGAAAGUUAUGAUGUUAACAUACGGGCGGGUUCAAUAAGGGAAUAUACCUCUAUUUCAUAUGGUCAAUAAUGGACGAAUAGAGAGUCUAUAGAGCGUACUCGACAUUAUCUUGAGUGAGUUCGAUAUCCUAAG